AGUGGUGGGCUGGUUGUCUGAUCAACACGGUACUUUCUCGUGGGCUUUCCAAAUUUUAGAUAUGGUUCAUCUGGAUGUCUGCAUUCCGGUUGAAGUGGAAGGAAAAUAUGGGGAGUUUUACCCAGGUGUCAUAAGUGGAUUAAAAUCUGUAGAGCAACUCAAUGUAACUUUGCUAGAUUCUACCCACUCAAAGGGACUAGUGGAAUUUACCCUUCCUCCUUCUUCUCUGCGGCUCCCACCUAAAGAAUCAGCGACAGUUUUAGAGCCGGUUCAAGGGCAAGAAGUUGAUGUAUUGAUAAGUUCAUCACCAGGUGAGCCUUUGGCAGACGAGUCAUCAGGUGACGUUGCUUCCAAGCUUUCUGCUUGGUGGCCUGGUGUUGUACGGAAAGUUGGUGGAAGUUUCGUCAUUGUGGAAUUAAUGGCUGAUUUUUCCGCCCAAAGUGCCAUUUCAAGUGAAGUAUCUGUUCUUCCCAACAAUCGCAUUAGCGUUCCACACUCAUCGUCCCUGGAGAAAACUGAUAUUGUUGAGAAGCAUCAGCUAAGACCACGGAGCCACCAUCAUAACCUCACUGCAUCGUCUUUCCAUAUGCACGCUAUUGACAUUCCGGAUGAGCUAGCUCCAUAUUGCAAGGAGCCUGCUAACUACCAUCAUUUUGCCCGGAGAUGUGGCUUACCUGUUCUAAUUACUCUAGCACCAGACACCCUCAAACCUCCAUCCCCAGUUAUUAAAGGGGAUAAUGAAACCUACAACUUGAUGGCUCGCUUGUUAGUUAUAUCUACGGAUGUUUCCACAGUUAACAGAGCAUCAGUUAUCGACAACACAUUCGUGGAUAUGCUGAGACAAAAAGUGUCUAUUUUGCAACAAACUGAAGAACUGUCGAAGAAGUUAGUGGCAUCGCGUAUUAACCAGCAAUCACCAAUUAUUGAAGAGUUUCGCAUACCAACGGACUUAAUUCUCUACGCGAUUGGUGCACAGGGUUCCAAUAUCAAACGUGCCAGUGCAAUCGAUGGUGUACUUACUGUGAAACUUGAUCGUCAAACUGGUAAUAUUCGAAUUUCCGGAAAGACACACGAAGCUGUUAACAACGCUAAAAAGCUACUCGAUUUCUCCCAAGACGUCGUUCAGAUACCUAGGUGCUAUGUGGGUCCCAUCCUAGGAUCGGGUCGCCGUCAUGUUCAGCAUAUUGUUGAUAGGGUGGGGUUAGUCGGAAUCAAGAUUUCUAAAUCACCCGAAGAGGAUCAUGAACAUGUUUCAUUUCAAUUAACAGGCACCCAACAGGCUAUACGCGACACUCAGUUGUUUUUGGAAUUUCAAGUCUCAAGCCUGCAAGAGUUGGAUCGGCUUCGGGGUGUUGAAGAUCCACCGUCUAUAUUGAAACCCAAGGACGUGGCCACACUUAGCGACAUGCAAAGGUAACUUUAAUGUCAACAGUAUAUUUCUCUCAGUAAAUAAAUCUCAUUAGUUCUCACGUAGAUAUGGAAUUUAUAUGUUGUGAUUAGAUUUCCGUCAUAAUGUUUUGUCAUUUGGGUUAUUUCAUGAAGACUUUAGAUCGUUGUUUGUUAUCGUAUUUAUUUCAUAGAGACUGUUUUCCAAUGUAGGGUGUUAACUUGGGUAUCUAGUUCAUUACUAUGGAGCUCUUAGCGCCGAAUAACUACUAACGUCACAUUUUCUACAACCAACUUUAAUCAGUUUAGUCCUCAUAGACAGUGACACUCAGUGACUUGAGGCGUUGUUUCACAAGAUCUGCAGUUGAAACUAGUGGUGGCUUUCAUGUAGUUUUCUUUUUUAUCGUAAAAAUACUAAAGCAAGUAUAUUAGCUGGGUAUGACCGAUCCGAAGUAGCUAUCUCUUGGGAUCUGCUGUCAGGCAAUUCUACUUCUUUUUCGCUCUCACAUUGAAGAAACAGCUUCCACGGUGCUGGCGACGGGAAAUUGUUAAUUACCCCAAUCGCCACCGGUAGUAUACAAAACCUAAUCAAAUUUAAUCUACCCUUAUAUUUGUCUCCUCGAUAGCCUUCAUCUCCUGAUAACUAUUAGACCUCGUGAAACCUCAACCUCACUUUUUGACCAUAGGCUUGCGCCAAUCUUGCAGCAGUAAUCUGCACUUUGAUAGUGCAGAACACACCAUAUUUAUGGACAAUGAUCGCCAACUGAUUGGAUGCUGUUUGUAGUCUACAUGUUAUCGCACAGUAGAAUGAUAUCUUCCACACGCUCGAAAUUGAAAAGCUUCACCUGUAAACAAGUCUACUGUAUCACCCCGUCCAUUUCUUUCGGGAUUGUCUCUAGAAUUCCAUUGAUGACAAAGUUGGAGAGUGAUGAAAUUGGUCAACCCUACCUACCAUAGGUUUGGAAAAAUGGAGAUAGGUGACUGUGUACCGUUGCUUUAACUGGGAUGUUUAAGUAUAGGACUUUCAAGAUGUUAACAAACUUCUCAGUAAAAUACGAUAGCAGACGAUUUCAGAGUACAACCCUAUCUAACGAAUCGACGGCAUUUCUAAUAUCGGGGAAUACGAGGAUCGUUGAUCUGGAUUACGAGUUAUGUUGUUGGAACUUCUGAUCGGAGGUGAACAAAUAAUCAGUACAUCCGGCACCCGAACGAGACCCACUCUGCUCCUUGCACAUAUGAUACCCAUGCGUUUUGCAGACCUGUAAAUUGUGAUAGUAGCAAACAAUUAAGCCGUUACCAGUAACUCAGGUAUCCUGAUGUUUAUCGUGCAUAUUACUCAGAUCCUUUUUGAGGAUGGAUACAACAGUGGAUUCAUUCUGGAAUGACAGAAUACUCAGUCUGCCAUACCUUUUCAAACAUCAUAGUCAGUUUCUUGACUACAGUUUCACCUCCAUCCUUAGAAAGGAGUAGGUUAUUUGGACCUGUGCUUUAAUACUUAGUGUUAUUUACCUCUGCUUCGUUAGGUGAACGUGUCCUAACUGUCGAUAAGGUUGAUAUUGCUUAAGCAGUAGUUGAGAUAAGAUGUUUUUUCACUGUUCCAUCCAGCUUUUCAAGUGUCUGCGUAAGUUGGCGGUUGGCAUACCAUUUUCUUCACAAACCGUCUUACUAACGCCAGCCUUCUUGAUGCUUGUGGCUCAGAUGAGCUGACAGGUGCUGCAGGUGUGAUAGUUCUCAAUACUCUCACUCUAUCAAAAGCUUUGCUUGCUUUGCUUUGCAUGCAUUGUCUCAAUCACGCUUUAAUGUGGGAUGGGGCGACAGUUCUUAAAUCCAGUAUAGCCAGAUGCAGGGGGAAAUUAGUUCCAAAAUCUUUGUUCAUUGAUUCAAGACCUAACACAUGUGCCGGAUAUGAUUCAUCAAAUAUUUUCAGUUAUUUCGAAAAUUUUACUACCAUUAGAACAAAAAAUUAAGAACUUCUAGACUAAAUAAGUGAAGUUUGAAAGUCAUGCGGUUAUUUUGAUAUGAUUAUUAGCCAUAAAUUCUGUUCGAGACGUCAUCCAGUAAGUGGUACUAUUUCACCGUGUUCCAUAUCGAAUAAACAAUGUACUAUGGAAGUGUUUUUCACAAUUUUUCCAGUGGGUUAUCCGCUGUGUAUUAAAUACUAUUCUUUUCUAUCUCAAUUGUAUUUUUAUCGGCAAGGUAGAUUAACAUAGACAUAUGGUAUUCAUUCUUGACAUCAUGGAGGAAUUAGUUAAUAAAAUGUGCGAUGUAUAAUUUUGACUAAUGAAUUCGUGUAAUUUCGUGCGUAUUCGUUUAAUGAUAAGUACUCCACAUUACCCUUUUCUAUUACUUAAAUUGCAGUAAUGAUGAGUCUUUGGAUUCUCCUACUCAUCGUGAAAAUGGUCACAUGUCACACAAAGUUGGCAGCGAUUGUACUCAUGAUGUGAACUCAAACGGAUCUCCACAUAGAGAGGAUUAUGAGAAGAAUGAAGCUGUACAUAACAACCAUUUGAAUUCUUGCCCUCACCCUAGAGGUCGUCAACCACGGUCUCGACCUACAGUCAAACAUAAUGCGAACUCCAGACAGGGUAUGUUUCUAGCAAAAUAAUGAUAGUCGAGCUCCGAAUGUGAGAAGUAUAAAUUAAUAUGUUUCGGAUCUCCCCUUUUUUUGUUUGUGUUCUUUACUUUGAUUUGGAUAGCCUAAUAAGGCCUCAAACGUUGAGUGUGACUGGAAUUCUAGAUUACUUCCAAAUUACGACACAACAAGUCUAAACAGUAUGGGACACGUGUAUAGUUUAUUUUCGGAACUGCACUUUUGAUAACCAUCAAGUCCCAGGGUUUUUAGUCGUACAUAUAGUAUCCUACUUGAUGCUAAAUGACAGUUGAAGAUUACAUAGGCUUUUUAAUUUUUUUCAUUUUAAUGUUUUACCCUUUCUGUUUUUCAUCUCAUUGCAUCUAGAAAACUGUAGUAAGACGAACUGUUCCACUGCAUCUCUUCAUGUGUUUUCUAAUGUUUGAUGAGUAGGCUGCGAGGAAUAUAGGAUGCCUUAUUUAUAUCUUGUUUGCUUUCAAUGAUUAGCUAGUGAGAUAUGACAAGAUUACUAAGUUGUUCUCAAAGUUUCUUUAGUUUCAUUUCGUUAUUUCCUAUUUAUUUAUAUAUCGGCUUUAACUUUAGAUUCACGUCAAAUUCCGCAUAAUCAACAUGGCGGUAAUGGAAUCAUUCAGGAUUUUGGAGGUGAUCACUCAAACUUUCCUAAGUAUGCAGCGAACCGUGUGAACCCCAAGAACCUUAAUCACCAAAGGAAUCAUCAACCAAUACAUCGUCAAAAUUCUACUGGAACCCGAGGUCAAAAUAUGUGUGCCCCUAUGGUUAGCUGAAUAAUCUCUUUCGAUCAAAAGAAAAUUUCUCACAUGCGACUCAUGUUUCCAAUCAGUAUCCGCUUUUACCUCUGCUUCAACGAUCCUGAGAUCACAUCUAAUCAGUGUUUGUUCAUUUCAGUCCUAUUCUCUAUGCUACUUCAUAUUCUCUGUGUAAAGGAGUUUGGAUAACUGAGAGUCUGUUGAGGUGUGAUCUCUUACUAAUGUUCAUCCUUUUAUUCUUUAAUGCCCAACUUUUGUUGCCUUUUCCCUCCUGGUGAUAAUCAGUUAUUUCCCUAAACAGUCAUAAUUGUUAACCAUGUAUUGUACAUUGUUUCCAUUAUAGUAUCUGAAAUCACCAGAAAAUGAACUAUCACUUGCUUGAUUACUUCACAGUAUUAGUAAAUAACUUUACUCUGAACUUGUGUCACAUUUCAGCUUAAUACCUCAAUUUAAUGUACAAAUUACAAGUUAUUUGACAGGAUACACUGGAAUACGUAGUUUGCAUGAUACUUUUUUUUUUUUAGUGCAUUCAUCAUAUACUUGAUGUUUAUUUGUUUGCAGUUAGGAGCAAAGAGCAAUUAGUUUAUACAUAGGAGGUUGAAUAUUGUUAUGGUGUUGAAUUGCCAACAGCUUUAUUUAUUUUAGAUUUAAGUGAGAAAUGCAUGCACAACAUUCAUGGCUACUUUGAUUGAUUCGAGAGCAUAUGACCUAAUAAAUGUAAUUUUUCUCUAGAAAUCUGUUUUCAGAAAUAACAAUCACUCGUCGUAAUGUUUUGGUCUAAUUGGAUAUUUUUUUUAGGAGUCUGUCUGUCUGUAGAGACUUUUUCAUUUAUGCAACACAUUACGUUCGGUCAAUGUCUGUGAAAUAUUUCUUGAUGAAUAGACUGUCUAUGCCAGUUAUUGGUCGUGGUUAUAUGUGAGUCAGCUGACGGUAAUCGUGUUUGACACAAGGUAUGGUAUGUUAUUGAGAAUAAUUCGUUUAUGAGAAAAAUCGAUUGAACUGUGUAGAAUUUUAUAAAUUAUUGAAUGGUAACGUUUGGUUUCUCAUUUGAUUUCAUAAAUGAUAAUGCCAACAUCUUGAUUUUCAUGAAAACUCCUAUAUUGUGGAUUAUAGGAUGUGAUCUCUACAUUCUGUCAAUAGUUACCUGGUGAGUCCAAGUAUGACUACAAAUGACUCAGUUACAGUACAAAUUGGUUUUCGCAUAGAAUUUCAUUGCUCAAAUAACAUGCCCAUGAAUUCGUUCCCAAGCCAAAAUAUAUCGAUAUAAGAAUAAUUUACAUAACUGGUUUGUCAUCCUUUCAAUAUAAUCUUCCAAGUGGUUUUUAUUUUCCUACUUUUCACUUCAUAGCCUGAAUCAAAAUCAAUUCAAACAAUCUUGAGAAGCACUUCCAACUUGAUGAACUCGCUUCAUAGCGCCGAUUAAACUUGAGAGUUUGAAAUGUUAGCUGCAUUAUUUUAAGCUUUGUCUAUUUAAUGCACAAACCUGCAUAUAGUUGCUUGACUGUUGAAAUAAAGUGAGCUAGGACAUAGUCCUGUUCCUACUGCUUGUAGAACUGUGAAGUCUAUUGUACAACCUAUCUCAGGUACAACUUGACCAUCUUGAACAUGUGAAAUACUUUGAUCCUUAUUUUCAUUACUCGUAAUCUCGAUUGAAGUAAAGCUGUCUAUAUUGCUAUAGAAGUAUCUAUUCUCAUC